GCGGGGACUGCCGCCCGCGCCCGGUGAGCUCAUCCCGCCGCCCUGCCCGCCCGCCCGGGCCGCGCCGCUGCAGCCCGCGGGCGAGGGGCCGGCCCCGCCGCCUGAGGAGCAGCAUUUAAAAUGUUAAAGGCAGUUUUAAAAAAGAGCCGAGAGGGUGGAAAAGGGAACAAGAAAGACUCAGCAGGUGACUCCUGCCCAGAGAAUGCCUUUCAGGUCGUAGCAACAUCUGGCCACAAUGCAGAUUUUCCCAUUGGCACCCAGCCAGGCUCUGGGGACAAUUACAGAAUGAACUUGGCUAAAGGAGUCUCAAUGUCGCUGCCAUCCUCACCUCUGCUGCCACGCCAGUCCUGUUUGGUGCAGUCAAGAGCAAACAAAAAGUCUCCAGGUCUGGUCAGGAAGCCCAAGUAUGUGGAAAGUCCUCGAGUGCCAGGUGAGGCAGCUCUGCCGCUGAGAAAGGGAUCGGAGCAAGGAGAACCCAGCCAAAAUGCAAAGCCUGAUAAAGACUCAAGCUGUUCUCCUGCAGCACAAGAACUGAUGACAAGAUUGGGUUUUUUGCUGGGAGAAGGGAUCCCAACUUCGGCUCAUAUGGAAGAGAAAAAUGAAGUCAUGUGUGCAGUGGCCAGUCAAGGAGUGAGUCCAUGUUCCACCCUGACAAGCAGCACCACGUCACCCAGCACCGACAGUCCCUGCUCCACUCUUAAUAGCGGCGUGGGCAGGGCAGCAGCUCACAGAGGCAGCCCCUGUGGAACCAUCAGCAGCCCUAGCUCCACCCUGGAGAGCAAGGACAGUGGAAUUAUAGCAACUAUAACAAGUUCAUCAGAAAAUGAUGAUCGUAGUGGAUCCAGUUUGGAAUGGAGCAAGGAUGGCAGUCUCAGAGCUGGAAAACAUCAAGGGAUUAGUCAUGAGCGAAGAACAGAUAAUUGUUCACCAGUUGCAGAAGAGGAAGCCAUGGGAUCUGCUGAGAACUUGCCAAAAGAAGUACCAAGAGGAGAGGGCCCUGUUCCUUAUGCUCAAAGUUCUGGCUCUUUAAUAAUGCCUCGUCCAAACUCUGUUGCAGCAACAAGUUCAACCAAACUGGAAGAUCUGAGCUACUUGGAUGGGCACAGAAACGCUCCUUUGCGCACCUCGAUCCGCCUGCCCUGGCACGGCACUGCUGGCGGGAGAGCGCAGCCGGACGGUAAAGCUCGUUUCAUCCCCUAUAAGCCUCAAGACAUCUUACUGAAGCCGCUGUUGUUUGAAGUGCCAAGCAUAACAACAGACUCGGUGUUUGUGGGAAGAGAAUGGCUGUUUCAAGCCAUUGAAGAAAAACUGAAGAACACUGAUCCAGCAGAGAACAGGGGAGCAGUCAUCACAGGAAACGUGGGAUUUGGGAAGACUGCAAUUAUUUCACGGCUGGUGGCACUGAGCUGCCAUGGAAGUCGCAUGAGGCAAAUAGCUUCAAAUAGCCCUAAUUCAUCCCCCAAAAGUGGUGACUCCGGUCAGGAGAUUCCCUUAAGUCAGUUAUCCCCAUCUGCUCCUCAGACAAGUGGCACCAAUACAAUGAAGACUCUCAGUUGUCCUGAUGCUCCAGAAUACCAAAAUCUAACAGGUGAUUCUGUGAGACGCCUUGCUUCAAAGGUGGUUGCUUAUCACUACUGUCAAGCUGACAACACGUACACGUGUCUGGUCCCGGAGUUCGUGCACAGUGUCGCGGCGUUGCUGUGCCGCUCGCCUGCGCUGGCUGCCUACAGAGACCUCCUGGUGAAGGAGCCUCACCUACAGAGCAUGCUCAGCCUGAGAUCUUGUGUGCAGGAUCCUGCUGCAGCUUUUAAAAGGGGAGUGUUGGAACCACUUUCAAAUCUCAGGAAAGAGCGGAAGAUUCCUGAGGAGGACUACAUAAUUUUGAUAGAUGGUUUAAAUGAUGCUGAAUUUCAUAAGCCUGAUUAUGGUGACACAAUUUCUUCAUUUAUCACAAGCAUAAUCUGUAAGUUUCCUCCCUGGCUGAAGCUCAUUGUGACUAUAAGAACUAACCUCCAGGAAGUAGUACGUUCACUGCCCUUUAUUGCAAUAUCCCUGGACAGUUUUCCAGACAACAAAGACAUUCAUGAUGACUUGAAUGCUUAUAUUCAGUACAGAAUAAAUGACAGCCAGGAAAUUAUAAACAACAUAUCUCUAAAUGGAAAAGCUGAUGCAGCUAUUAUUGGGAAAGUGAGUAACCACCUGAUCAUGAGAAGCCUGGGAUCUUAUCUCUAUUUGAAACUCACUCUGGAUCUUUUCCAAAAAGGUCACUUAGUAAUCAAAAGUGCAAGCUACAAGGUUGUUCCAGUGUCCCUGUCAGAACUGUACUUACUUCAGUGCAAUAUGAAGUUCAUGACAAACUCUGCUUUCGAGCGAGCCCUGCCUAUAUUAAAUGUGGCACUGGCAUCCCUACAUCCCAUGACAGAUGACCAGAUUUUCCAAGCUAUUAAUGCAGGCCAAAUAAAUGGUGAACAACAAUGGGAAGACUUCAGCCAAAGGAUGGAAGCCCUUUCAUGUUUUCUGAUAAAAAGACGUGACAAAACACGGAUGUUCUGCCACCCCUCCUUCAGGGAAUGGCUUGUUUGGAGAGCAGAGGGUGAAAAUACUGACUUCUUAUGUGAGCCAAGGAAUGGACAUGCUCUACUGGCUUUCAUGUUUUCUCGACAAGAGGGAAAGUUAAACCGCCAACAAACCAUGGAACUUGGCCACCAUAUACUUAAAGCUCACAUUUUUAAGGGUCUCAGUAAAAAGACUGGAAUUUCUUCCAGUCAUCUUCAAGCCUUGUGGGUUGGUUACAGCACGGAUGGACUGUCUGCAGCCCUGGCUUCUCUGAGAAACAUCUACACACCCAAUGUGAAGGUGAGUCGGCUGCUGAUCUUGGCAGGAGCAAAUGUGAAUUAUAGGACUGAAGUACUAAAUAAUGCUCCAGUACUGUGUGUGCAGUCACACCUUGGACAUGAAGAAGUCGUCACUCUUCUCCUAGAAUUUGGAGCUGCUAUUGAUGGAACUUCAGAGAAUGGGAUGACAGCACUUAGUUAUGCAGCUGCUGCAGGGCACAUGAACAUAGUUUCAAUGCUGUGUAGAAGAGGUGCAAAGGCUGACUGCUUAGAUAAGAAAGGCCAGUGUGCUCUAGUCCAUAGUGCCCUGAGAGGCCAUUGUGAUAUCCUUGAAUACUUGCUCAACGCUGUUUGGGUGACUCCUUCCCAAGAACUAAAUUCAAUAAGUAAAAGCCAGGCACUGCAACAAGCCCUAACAGCAGCUUCCAGCAUGGGACACUGUCAGGUGGUUGGUUACAUCUUGACAACUGAAAAAGACAAUGAAAUAGACAUUGAUGACACUGAUGCCUUGUGGGGAGAAACAGCCCUGACAGCUGCUGCAGGAAGAGGGAAGCUGGAAGUCUGCGAGCUGCUUCUAGCGCGCGGAGCCGCCGUGAGGAGAGUCAACAGGAGGGGGGUUCCUCCGCUGCUCUGCGCCGUCCGGCAGGGCCACUGGCAGAUUGCUAAACUCCUAGUGGAGCACGGGUCUGAUGUGAAUUUGAGUGACAGGCAAGGCCGAACUCCACUUAUGGUGGCUUCUUGUGAAGGACAUUUGAGCACUGUGGAAUUUCUGCUUUCUGAAGGUGCAAAUAUUUCAUCUCUGGACAAAGAAGGACUGACAGCUUUGAGCUGGGCAUGUCUGAAAGGCCACAGGGAAGUGGUUCAGUACCUGGUUGAGAAAGGUGCAACGACUGACCAGACAGACAAGAAUGGACGAACACCCCUAGACCUGGCAGCUUUUUAUGGAGAUGCUGAUAUUGUGCAGUACUUGGUGGAGAAAGGAGCAAUGAUAGAGCACGUGGACCUGAGCGGGAUGCGGCCCCUGGACAGAGCCAUCGGCUGCCGGAACGCGGCCGUGGUGGUGACGCUGCUGCGCCAGGGAGCCAAGCUGGGAAACGCGGCGUGGGCAAUGGCCACCUCAAAACCAGAUAUUCUCCUUAUUCUACUGCAGAAACUGAUGGAAGAAGGAAAUAUACUGUACAAAAAAGGCAAGAUGAAGGAAGCAGCCCAGCGCUAUCAAUAUGCCUUGAGGAAGUUUCCCAGGGAAGGCUUUGGGGAAGAAAUGAAAGCUUUCAACGAGCUGAGAGUUUCAUUGUACCUGAAUUUAUCACGAUGCCGCCGAAAAACAAACGACUUUGGUAUGGCUGAAGAGUUUGCUACCAAAGCACUGGAUCUGAAACCCAAGUCUUACGAAGCCUAUUAUGCUAGAGCAAGAGCCAAGAGGAACAGCAGAAAGCUACUUGCUGCUCUUGCUGAUUUACGUGAAGCCACAAAGCUGUGUCCCAGCAAUCAAGAGAUAAAACGUCUCCUGGCUCGAGUAGAAGAGGAAUGCAAACAGUUCCAGAAAACACAACAACAGAAGCAUCCGUCUCCACAGCCACUGCAGCAAAUGAACAACUCUGAUAAUGAGGAGGAGGGUGUUACACAAGGUGUGAAUGAGAAUUUUAAUCUUCAAGACAGGGUGGAUGACCUGCCACAGCCCGAUGAGUCCGUUUCCUCUCCACAGAGACUGCAGCAUUCUGCAGCUGCUCCAUCAUACAGCAGGACCCUGCAGGACGGUGUUCAGCAGAAAGCCAGGUCUGCAUCCCCUCAGAGCAGAACAGGCAGCAAAUACCUGAGAGAGCCAGGCCUGGUCAUGCAGCCAACAAAACAGGCUCAGAUUGUAAAAACUAAUCAGCGCCUGAGCUCCAACCAGCCUGGCUCAAGAACAGGAAGCAGUCAGUGCAGUGCAAAGACACAGUCAUCUUUUCAGCAUCUUCCCCACAGUCCCUUGCCUGUCCGGCACUCCAAAAUGCAGCAUUUGGAUGGAUCAACCACUUUGUCACCUGGAAGCGUUUCCAUGGGUCCUGGUUCUGAACCGUGCAACGAGCUCAUGUCCACCUCAAGUUCCCACUCACACAGUGAGGAUACCUCUGCUCGCUCCUUUGCAAGCAAGGCCAAAGCUGCCGACAGGUUCCCAGCCUCUGCUCAGAUGAGUUUCAGUGAAGCAAGGCAGCAAAGCCCUGGCACCAGUGGCUCCCCAUCCAGCAGCCUGACAUCAGCCAGUGGUUUUCCUAACAGCUUGAAGGGGCCAGGCCCUGACGUGCGACUCAAGGAGCCUGUUCCUCACCUUCAGGGCACUGGAGCUGAGCACAGACCCCGCAACACCCCGUUCAUGGGAAUCAUGGACAAGACUGCCAGGUUCCAGCAGCAAAACACUCACUCCAGCCGCACGUGGCACUCUCAGGCAUCAGAUGGAUUGUCAACAACUGCUCCUUCUGGGGCCAUUCCAGCCCCAGAUUUUGAGCAGUUCUCAGUCAAACACUACCCAACUAAAACUCCCUCUAUGAGUGCUGCCCCAGGAGACAGCAACCAGAACGGCACGCAGGGCAACGACCGCGAGGAGCUGAAGUGCCAAAUACCCACCCACUGCCAAGACAGCAGAGCCCCUAAACAAGCCUCCCAUUUAUACCCAGAUGCUGUCUCCAAGCAGCAGUCUAACAUCAGUAAGGAAGGCCAGCUAAGUCAUGUCACAGCUACAAAACCAAAGCGAUCAUUCAUUGAAUCAAAUGUAUAAAUAUAAUUUUGUAUAUUUACAGGGUUGUAAAAUGGCUCCUAACAUCAUAGGGUGUUGCUUCUGUACAAAUUACUGACUGGCUGGUCCCUUGUAAGUUAGAGUGAGCAGUCUGUGUUGGCCAGUACUUCAUGGGAUACAACCACUUUAAACUUCCUUCCAUCACAGGACAGUUACAAUAACUGGAAUUGCAAAUUUGUGUAGAAUGAGUCUAUUAGGAUCAGCAAUCCACCAAACCAGGACCUCAAGCAGAGAUCCUUUCCACUAUGUUUUACCAUUAAGUAAGACUUUCCUUAUAGAUAGGGAUUUACUCUUGGCUUUUGGUUCUGUUACAUCUUGCCACUCACAUACUAAUCGUGCCUCUCUAAUGCUUAAGUGCUUACUUCUCAAAACAGUGUUAAGGAAGCUGCCUGCUUGGAACACUCAGACCUGUGUAUGUAUGCAGUUUUGUUUUGUUUUGUUUUUUUAAAUCAGAGAUAAUAUUUUAUCACUUUUCUAGUGGGAUCUAAUUUGGGUUGCAUGAUGUACAUUUAGGAAGCAUAAAUAAUUUGUGUAUGAGUAAACUAUAAGCAGCCAUGUUUUGACUUGUAAAUAUAACUAUUUUUAGUAACUAGAGGAAAUCAAGUAAAAUAAACAGUGACAUUUGCAUGUGUAUUGAAAGGCUUUGACCAUAUUGGUUAUUGCACUGAAGAACACAAUAUUAUGGCAUAUUAACAAUAAUCGCACUUUAUAUAGUUUAUCUAAUCACCUUUGGGUGCUAUCUUAAAGCAAAAUGAUUUAUUAUUUGUGAAAAAGGUACAGCGAUUAAAAGUGUUUUUACGGAAAACCCGAGAAGCUGAUGGAGUGAAGAUGAAAGUUUGAGGAAAAGUGUGUGUUUGGUUGCAUGACAGGAUGAAUCUGUGAAGUGUUUUUUGGAGGAAAUAAGAUUUUAUAUGAGCAAGAAUGUUCUGAAAGUGAGCAGAUGUAGUGACAUUCCCGUGGUGCAGGUGGGCUGGGAGGGUCACCGUCACGCCCUCGCUUUCCCCACCCUGGUGCAGACGCCGCUUCCUGCGCGUUGUGAACAGCUGUACCCAUCCCUACAGCUCCUCUUUAGCUUAUUUAUUGUUUACUGUUUCUUUGAUAUUUUGUACAAGUCCUAUAUUAGUCCUGUCCUGUAGUUCUAUUUUUGCACAGCUACUGUAUUUUUUCCAUAAAAAUAAAGAUUAUUAAUAUACCUUUGG